GAAAAAGUUAUUCAUUGUCAAAAAAUAAACUUAAUGUUAAAAGUCCAUUAACAAGAUAAAAAUGCUUUUAAGAAUAUUUUGUGUUGUCAACGGACUAUUAUUAGCGAUUGCUUUGUGCUUAAUAAUUGCAUUGUACUUUCUUCGUCAGUACUUAAAAUCAAGAAAGGCUAAUUUGGAAACCCGGAAUCCAAAAGUAAAUGUUGGAUUUUUUCAUCCUUAUUGUAAUGCUGGUGGUGGAGGAGAACGUGUGCUAUGGUGUGCUGUAAGAUCAAUACAGGCAAAGUAUGACAACGUUAAAGUGGUUAUUUACACUGGUGAUAUUGAGAGCUCUCCAAGUAGCAUUUUGGAAAAAGUGAACAAUGUUUUCAAUAUUAAUCUAGAAAAGGACAGUAUCACAUUUGUAUACUUAAAAUUUCGGCACUUAGUGGAAGCAAAAAGGUAUCCUGUUUUCACACUUCUUGGGCAAAGUAUUGGAUCGAUGAUAUUGGGUUUGGAAGCGUUAGUAAAAUUUCCUCCAGACAUUUACCUUGAUACAAUGGGGUAUGCAUUUACUUUACCACUUUUCCGAUUUAUUGGAUGUUGCAAAGUUGGAUGUUAUGUUCAUUAUCCAACUAUAAGUACUGAUAUGUUACGAAGAGUUCAACAGCGUGAAUAUUCACAUAACAACCAUAGUUAUGUUGUACGUAAUCCGUUUUUAACUUGGCUGAAAGUGACUUAUUAUAAAAUAUUCGCAAAGAUAUAUAGUUGGGUCGGAAAGAGUUCUGAAACCGUUAUGGUUAAUUCCUCUUGGACUGAAAAUCACAUUUUGGAUUUAUGGGGAGUUCCUUUUAAGACACAUCGCGUGUAUCCACCGUGUGAAGUAAAUCAUUUAAAGAAAUUGCAGCGAAGUGAAAAUCCAAACGAAAUAAUUAUUUUAUCCGUGGGACAAUUUCGUCCCGAAAAAGAUCAUCCACUUCAGUUACAAACCAUGUAUGAAUUACGUACUUUAUUAGUCCGUAAUGAAGAUUUGUGGAACAAAAUCAAAUUAAUUAUUGUAGGAUCUUGUCGUAAUGAGUCUGAUUAUGAACGACUUAAAAAUAUGCAAGAUUUAACAAAGCAUUUGUCAUUGGAAAAUAACGUUGAAUUUAAAGUAAAUGUCCCAUACCAUGAAUUACUGGAAUGUUAUAAGAAAUCUAAUAUUGGAAUUCACACAAUGUGGAAUGAACACUUUGGUAUUGGCGUUGUUGAAUGUAUGGCAGCCGGUGUUAUAAUGGUCGGUCACAAAUCUGGCGGUCCUUUAUUGGAUAUUAUAGAAACAUCUGAAGGUAGUCAAAAUGGAUUCUUAGCCACUGAUGCAAUUGAAUAUGCAAACUGCAUUUUGGCAAUUAUUUAUAACACAAAAGAAGACAAUGACCGUAUAAGACAAGCUGCCAGGUCCUCCGUAGAACGAUUUUCAGAAAAGGAAUUUGAAAUUAACUUUCUUCGUGCAAUUAUACCACUUUUUAACAAAACAAUAAAGAAAUAAAUAUAAAUUAUAAAUAAACUCAAA